CCCAGUGACAAGUUCUGCAUUCACCACACUGCACCUGCGCCAAGCCACAGCACAGCGAGCUGGUCACAAGGCCACAAUCAGAGAGAUCAGCAAGAAUUCAACAGACGGUGCCUCAGCCUCAAUUUCCUCAUCUUAAAACAAAGCAAGAAUUCAACAGACGGUGGUGUUGUAAUAUUGUUGAGGGAAGUAGGCCACAUUCUGGUCCCUGACACGGCAGCAUGGAGCUGAUCCAGGACACCUCCCGCCCACCACUGAAGUAUGUGAAAGGGGUCCCUCUCAUCAAGUACUUUGCAGAGGCACUGGGGCCACUGCAGAGCUUCCAAGCCCGGCCUGAUGACCUGCUCAUCAGCACCUACCCCAAAUCUGGCACCACGUGGGUGAGCGAGAUCCUGGACAUGAUCUACCAUGGUGGUGACCUUGAAAAGUGUCGCAGGGCCCCUAUCUUCAUCCGAGUGCCCUUCCUUGAGUUUAAGGCCCCAGAGAUUCCCUCAGGUGUCGAGGUUCUGAAAGAUACACCAGCCCCACGGCUCCUCAAGACACACUUGCCCCUGUCCCUGCUCCCCCAAACCUUGCUGGAUCAGAAGGUCAAGGUGGUGUACCUUGCCCGCAAUGCAAAGGAUGUGGCCGUCUCCUAUUACCACUUCUACCGCAUGGCCAAAGUGCACCCUGACCCUGGCACCUGGGACAGCUUCCUGGAGAAGUUCAUGGCUGGGGAAGUGUCCUACGGGUCUUGGUACAAGCACGUGCAGGAGUGGUGGGAGCUGAGUCACACCCACCCCGUCCUCUAUCUCUUCUAUGAGGACAUGAAAGAGAACCCCAAAAAGGAGAUUCAGAAGAUCCUGGAGUUUGUGGGGCGUUCCCUGCCAGAGGAGACCUUAGAUCGCAUUGUCCAGCACACAUCUUUCAAGGAGAUGAAGAAGAACCCCAUGGCUAACUACAGCACCAUCCCCUGUGACAUCAUGGACCACAACAUUUCUGCCUUCAUGAGGAAAGGCAUCGCGGGGGACUGGAAAAACACCUUCACCGUGGCCCAGAACGAGCACUUUGACACCGACUAUGCUGAGAAGAUGGCAGGCUGCAAACUCAGCUUCCGCUCAGAGGUGUGAGUGGUGUUCAUCAGGCCUUCUCCAAAGGGAGUGGUGUGAAACAAGCCCGAUCACAGCCUCAAGAAUAAAAUAAAUUUGUGUCACACGGA